AUGGACUGCCCUACAGUGUUGGAUAGACUUAGUGACCUGCCCUGGGAUAUAUUAGACAAUAUCCUAGGGCACCUGCCAAUUAAAGAUGCCGUGAGGACAAGUGUCUUGUCCAGAAAAUGGAGAUAUAAAUGGAUUGAUCUUUCCAAGCUUGUAGUGGAUGAUAGCUGUGGGGCGACUACUUCCAUGGAUAUGGAUAAGGAAUGGAAUCAGCUUGCUAAAGUUGUAUAUAAUGUUUUGUUAGCUCAUCGUGGCCAGAUUGAUAAGUUUAUGCUUUCCACUCUGUGUGCUGGUCAUGGCAAUGAUGUGGAUUAUUGGAUUGCUUUUCUAAGCAGAAAUGGUAUCAAGGAACUCAUUCUUGAUUUUAAUUACAUGUACGAGUAUGAGCUGCCUUCUAGUUUAUUUUCUUGUCAACAACUGAGUUGCUUGUACAUCACUGAUUGCUCAGUCAUAACGCCCCACACAUUCAAUGGCUUUAGCAAUCUUGUUAGCCUCCAGCUGCAAAGAUGUAGAGUCCUCAGUGCAGUGCUUGAAAAUUUGAUUAGUAGCUGCCCAAUUCUUGAGGCAUUAGUACUUUUAGAUCUUGAUGACAUUGGCCUUUCAGAUGUUGGUGACUUGGGUUAUCUUAAUAUCUGUGCACCAAAUCUUAAAUACUUGCAUAUUGAAGGCAAAUUCAUGAGCAUCCAUCUGGAACAUAGCCUUCGUCUUACAGAACUCUCCUUAAAGAUGGCUGCAAACUGGAACAUGGCUCAUGAUACAGCGCCGUUUCUUGGUUUUGUAUCUCAUUUGGAGAGGCUGAGUUUGUGUGGUCAUCUUCUCAGGGGUUUUCCUGUUGGAUGUGACAAUCUGAAGGUUCUUGAACUGUCAGAAGUCCAUUUUGAUGAAUUGGAUGAGAUCUCGGUUUUUCUCUCCCUUCUUAGAAGCUCCUCAAAUUUGAAGUCAUUGAGCCUUUCAGCUUCUGGACCAUUUCAGCAAGAUGUUUAUAAGUUAAUGACUACGCAAAACCAAUUAUCCUACUGCUUCAACCAGCUGCAAAUUGUGAAAAUAAACAUCUCAGUCUGUGGCCCAGAGGAAGAAGAAAUCCAAUGCUGGAGAUCGGAUUUGGAAUUUAUCAAACUUCUUCUUGCAUGUUCACCAAUACUUGAGAAGAUGCUUGUAGACUAUAAGCAUCCAGAGGAAUGUGAUAUAUGGUUUAUGAGAAAGCUGCUCUCAUUCAAAAGACCCUCAGCACAAUUAAUAUUCAAAUAUACAUCAUCUCCCAAUCCAGAAAUUUAUUCGCCUCCUCUCUACAUCUACCAUGGAUGGGACUAAUGUGGUAAAACAAGAAUUGGAAGCCUCGAGGGAUGACACUUUAUUAUCUGGUAAAUGAGCUAAACGAAUUGGAAAGAGCAAUGCAUACGGAGGACAAAUUGUCGUUCUAGUAUUAAUCGGAACAGUCAAGAAUUCGGAAUAUGUGGAUAUGCUGGUUGACUAUUGCUGGAAAAGUACAGACAGACAUUUUCAUUCACUAUCCUUGCCGGAAGCCCGCUAUGAUAUUUUGUUUGAAUUUUAAAGUGUUGCCUUUUUUUGAUGCAUUGAGUGUGAACAAAAACAGUUGUUUUGCAAAUUCCGGAAUUGUUGUAAAGAGAAUUGGAGAUAUUCAUGGUUUUUGCUUCGUUAAACUGUGUCUUCUUCACAUGUUUCAAAGAUGAGAUGUUCUGACUUCCAG